AAUUUCUCUCCUCCUGUAGUGUUCCAUUGGCAAGCAACAAUAAUGGGACCAAAUGACAGUCCCUAUCAAGGUGGGGUGUUCUUCUUGACAAUUCACUUCCCAACAGAUUAUCCCUUCAAACCACCUAAGGUUGCAUUUACAACAAGAAUUUACCAUCCAAAUAUUAACAGUAAUGGCAGUAUUUGUCUUGAUAUUCUACGGUCACAGUGGUCUCCAGCGUUAACUAUUUCAAAAGUACUUUUGUCCAUCUGUUCUCUGUUGUGUGAUCCCAAUCCAGAUGAUCCCUUAGUGCCUGAGAUUGCACGGAUCUACAAAACAGAUAGAGAAAAGUACAACAGAAUAGCUCGAGAAUGGACUCAGAAGUAUGCGAUGUAAUUAAAGAAAUUAUUGGAUAACCUCUACAAAUAAAAGAUAGGGGAACUCUAAAAGAGAAAGUCCUUUUGAUUUCCAUUUGACUGCUUUCUAUGAGCCCACGCCUCAUCUUCCCCCGUGCACAUGUUUACCUGAUACAGCAGUGCUGCGUGUUGUACAUACUUGGAACAAUGAAUACUGUAUUCCAUACCAACAUUGACUCCUAGCAAAGAAAUGUGUGUGAAAAGCCAGUUCUUCAGUCAAAGUGUAGUUGUGAGCAUAAAAGCAUUCCUGCAAAAUUUAAAAUUGGGCAGUAAAACCAAAAUGGGGGAAGAUAAUAAAGAGUAAAUGUGUUCAUGUGCUUUGGAGGGCUUUCCGUGAUUAAAAACACCCUUUUUAUAAAUUAAAAGAGUGGAAUCCUUUUAAUCUCAUAACUCUUAUGGAAAACCAGGUGGUAAGAACUUAAAUCGGUGUCUGUAUUUUAUUCUGAAGGACCUACUAAGGGAAAUGUAUGACCAACAAGAUCAAAUAAUGCCCACAUCCUCUGUUUAAAGGUCUAAGUUUAACUGGUCAGCAUUUAAGUGCAUUGGAGCUAUUAGUGCAUCAAGUGACGUUGAUUUUGUUUCAACUCUUCCCCUUCCUUCCCCUUCAUGAUUUUGGUUUGUAUGUGUUUUCUCAGUUAACAUAGCUAAUAGCUCUUAUUUUCUUAAGUUUUUAACUGCUUAGGUCUUUCUGGAUGUAAGGGUAAAAAUUCAUUUGACAGACUUGUGUAUAUUUAAAGACCCAGCUGCUCCCUUGGAGCUUGUACGUUCAAGAAUGAUUAAUCUGUGUAAUAAACUGAUUACUACAGUCAUUGCAUAUAACUGUGUGAAUAGGCUUAAUUCUUUGUGAGCUCUGAUUUAAGGACUUCUCAGGUUCUCGCCUUUGAAUAACAACAUUUUAGAAUUGUAAAUCUUCAGGGCUUCAUGAUAAAAAGUAGUACCUCAAGGGAAAAAACUCAACUGGUCAGUGGGACAAUUCCAAACAGUAUUGUUAGUGUACCAACUUUGAUGUUUAGUUUACAUAUUGGAAAUAUGCAUGUUCAUGUGACAGAACUUGACUGUUAAACCAGAUGAACAGCUUGCAAAUUCAGCAUAGUUUCACUGAGUUUUUCUUUACUUGGGAAUAGUUCUGAUGUCUAUGUCAAUAAAACAUGUAGUUUUAAACAUUUAUUUAAAACAGUAGAUUUUACCAGAUGCAGCAGCACAAACAUUCAUGAAUGGCAGCCUUUGAAGACUCACACUAAAUAUUUUGAAAUGGUCACUGUACAUACCUAUCUUUGAGCAGCCUUCAUUUGAAAUCUAGUGAAAAUGUAGUUUGAAGUUGUUUAAACAGGUGUCCCCUGCAAACCUAAAUGUUAAUAAGCUGAGUCAAGUGUAUAAAACAUUCUGGGUUUAGACUCUUUCAGAGUUGUGCUCUGCCCCAUCUAUUUUCAAAGUCAUCUAUACGUUUUUGUGCAAACAAUAAAUGUCCACUACUUUGAUUUUA